AAGUAAAGACAGAGGGCGACAGUGAGGCCAAGUUCUGAGAAAAAUAUAUUUCACCUUCUUUUCCUUUUACCCAAAAUGCUCGGCUACUGUCGGUGACCAUGGACCGCGCUUACUAACAUAAAAUAUUUUAAUUCAGGGUAACUAUAUUAAGAAGAAUAAUGAAUAAGGGCGAGUGAUAAACAUGGCUAUGAGGGAAGAAGGAGAGCUCUUACAAAAUAAAGCGAAGCACCAAGAUGGGAUUGGCAGUACGACCAACACUGAAAGCUUUAGGAAUGGAUAUGUCAAGAGCUGCGUCACCCCUUUAAAACAAGAUCACCAAAGGGGCUGUUUGGCCAACGUAUGUCGGUUUUGCAAUGUGGAUUUUAUCGGAUCUCAUAAAUUUAGCGGAUUUGCAUUUUACUUUGGCGCGUUUUUUGCGUUAGGAGUUUCUUUUCUAGUUUUCUGGAGCCUUCAAAGUGGACUGAGUUCCUCAGAGCUUCUGCGGAGUUUACAGUCAUUUCUUCUGGGCUUCUCGCAGUCUGUUAGCCCGCUGUUUAGCAUAGGCUGUGCCUUCUUCUUUUUAACGUUUUAUCUGAAGAGAACCAAGAAAGAGAUUAGCAGAAUUUGGCUUCUUUCUUUGCCAGCAUGUUGUUACUUAGGAGAUUUUUUGGUGUUGCAGUGCUUGUUCUGGAAAGAAGAUCCCCACCAGAUGCAAAUGGUGGGCAGGUUGCUGUUUGUACUGGGCUGUGUGGGCUUACUGACUUUAUUUCCCACUUUAAAACUCAAACACAAUGUGUUGAUUUUAAUCUUCGCCAGUUUGCUUUGGCUAGUCUCUCUAACUAACCUCAAGCCUUUGCCCCAACCUGUCCGACCCUUGUUAGCAUGUUGUUUUGGGAUCACUGGGUCGGUGUUGUCACUCUGUUGUGAUCAUUUCUUUCAGACGAAGGAAGCUCAUCCCAGGACGCUUGCUGUCGAGGAUAAAGUGCCUGUGAUCAGACCAAGAAGGAGGUCCAGCUGUGUAUCGUUAGGAGAAACUUCAUCCAGUUAUUAUGGGAGUUAUAAUAAAAUGCCUCGAAGACCUUCUUUGCCUUGCAUUUCCCGGGAACAGAUGAUUCUCUGGGACUGGGAUCUGAAGCAGUGGUACAAACCUCACUAUCAGAAUGUUGGUGCUGGAAGUGGAGUAGACAUGUCAGUUGUAAAUGAAGCCCGGAAUAUGGUGUCUGACCUGCUUUCAGAUUCUUCUCUUUCUCCUCAUGUGAUUUCAACUUUGCGAAGUCUCAGCAGUCUGCUGACUUCCUUCUCAGGUUUAUGCAGGCCCAAAGUCAACCCAUUUACACCCUUCCCUGGCUUUUAUCCUUAUUCAGAAAUGGAAGAUAUGUCGGACAAACCAGAGCGAAAACUUCACAAGGGAAUGAGCAGCAGAAAUAGUUUACCUACCCCACAACUUAGAAGGAGUUCUGGAACCUCAGGCUUGUCUCCAGCUGAUCCAUCUUCCACCAGGUGGGAUCGUAACAACGGCAAAAGAACUCACCAAGAAUAUGGUACUUCAAGUCAAACACCACAGCCAAAUGGUCCCUCUAAUGCAAAUUUUCUGACAAUCCCCAAACCAAGGUCUUCAUCAGUGACUUUGGGUCAUCAUCUUGGUCCUAGGAGAGCGGGUACGUCUCCUAGUCUAAGUCCUGUGAGUUCCCCAAGCCAUGGAUCUACUCUGUUAAACAGGUCCCCAGUAGAAUUUCCUGACACUGCAGAUUUUCUUACGAAGCCAAGUUUGAAUCUACAUAAACCACCUGGGUAUUUUCUCAGCUCCUCAGAUUCUCAGCAGCAAUUUAGGACAUCUAGUAGCCAUAUAUGCACCAGCUGUGGACGUCAGAUAUUGAAGCCUGUUCAGAAUUUAGAAUUUGGAGAGAGGAUUUCACAGACUGGUGCAGAUUACCACCAUAGAAAAUCAGGGGAAAAUCUUGAAAAUACAAGUAGCCAUGCCUCUCACAAAGAUUCCAGCACACAGCAUGAAGUAAAAGAAGCAAAAGAUUCUACAGGGAGAGUAACAAAUGUGUUACAGACAGAUCAGGAGCACAGAACUAAACUACAUGAGGGUGAACAAGAUCCUAUGAAAACACUGCUUUCGGAAGAAGAAUGUGAAUCUUUAAUGGAAGAGUUAGAUAAUUGGAAUUUCCCAAUUUUUAACUUAAUGGAGAAGAUGGGUGGAAAGACUGGAGAAAUUCUUCGACAGGUAUCUUACUCCCUGUUUCAAGACACUGGCUUAUUUGAAAUCUUUAAAAUUCCUGUAAAAGAAUUUCUGAACUACUUUCAAGCACUAGAAAAUGGAUACCGGGACAUUCCAUAUCACAAUCGUAUCCAUGCCACAGACGUUCUUCAUGCAGUUUGGUACCUAACAACACGUCCUGUGCCGGGAUUUCAGCAGUUCCAUAGUGAUCACAUAACAGGAAGUGAUACAGAUUCUGACAGUGGCAUUUCACCGGGUCGAGUUGCCUAUGCCUCUUCUAAGAGCUGCCUUAUUACUGAUGACAGCUAUGGUUGUCUAACAUCUAGUAUACCUGCCUUGGAACUGAUGGCACUUUAUGUAGCAGCUGCUAUGCACGACUAUGAUCAUCCUGGUCGCACAAAUGCAUUCCUUGUGGCAACAAAUGCUCCACAGGCUGUACUUUACAAUGACCGUUCUGUAUUGGAGAACCAUCAUGCAGCUGCUGCCUGGAAUCUCUUCCUGUCUCAGCCAGAGUACAACUUUCUUGUUAACCUUGACAAUGUGGAGUUCAAAAGGUUUCGUUUUUUAGUGAUUGAGGCAAUCCUUGCCACAGAUCUGAAGAAACAUUUUGAUUUCCUUGCAGAAUUUAAUGCCAAGGUUAACGAUGUAAGCAGUCCUGGAAUAGAUUGGAAUAAUGAAAAUGACCGCAUGUUAGUGUGCCAGGUUUGCAUUAAAUUGGCAGACAUUAACGGCCCAGCAAAGAUUAGGGAACUGCACCUGAAGUGGACGGAAGGCAUUGUAAAUGAAUUUUAUGAGCAGGGCGAUGACGAAGCAAGCAUUGGUUUACCGAUUAGCCCUUUUAUGGACCGUUCAGCUCCUCAACUGGCAAAAUUGCAAGAGUCUUUUAUUACUCAUAUUGUGGGGCCUUUAUGCAAUUCCUAUGAUGCAGCAGGGCUACUUCCAGGUCAGUGGAUGGAUGAACAGGAAGGUGAAGAUCCCUCUGAGUGUGCAGAAGAUGAGGAAGAUGAGGGUGAAGAAUUAGAAACCGACGAUGAAUUAGAAGAUGAUCUUGAGCCAAAACCUCAGAGGAGAAAACGUGGGCAGAGGAUAUUUUGCCAAAUAAUGCACCACUUGACUGAAAAUCAUAAAAUAUGGAAGAAACUGAUUGAGGAGGAGGAAAAGAGCACAGUAGAACUGAGUAAACAGCAGACAGAUAAUUCAUCCUUACCUCAAACAUCAGAUGAAAUCCAGGUAAUCGAGGAAGCAGAUGAAGAAGAAGAAAGACAGCAGGGAGAUGAAAAGAAACUUUGAAGUGCUACUACACUGCUGUAUUGCAUUGGAGAACAUGUACUAAAUUGUCACUGUGUUGAUAUUAGAAAAAUCACACCUCGUGUCAUGCUGAAAAAGGCCUUAAUACUGUGAGAGGGAUCUUGCUGCUUGAGCAGGUUUCACACUCAAAUGCACUUUCAACCCAUGGAAAAUAAAACUUUAAUGAAAGAUUGAAGGUUUUAUACAACAAUACAAUGAUCGACUCUUUCAUGCCCCCAUGGUGCAGAAAUACCUUGUGAUGCUGCCUUGCUGAACACAAAGCGCUUACUUUCCAUGAGGUACUUACAAAAAUUUCAGAAAAUCUGUUCUUGUGACUACAUUUACCAAAGUGACCAGAUCAUUUUGUUAAAAUGAGGACAUUGAUGGAUUAUAUGAAAGUAUUUCCUAUUGUCAGCAUUUAUUAUUUAUGUUUCUUUUUGUUUCAACAAUGAAUUGGGAAACAUUUGUGCCUGAUAGAAAACCAGUUUGGAACAUUGCAGCACAGAUUAUGGUGUAUGGAUCUUUCUCAGCAACCUAAGUCAGUGCUGUUCAUCCAUAUUUGCUAGUCCAUUUUGAUGACUGUGACAGAAAAGAGUAUUUGAAUUCUAAAUCUGUGACUGAAAACUUCAAGCUGCAUCAUUUUCUGAUGCCUUUUAAUAUUGUGUAUAAUCUGCCUUGUAUGGUUUUUAUUUUCCUGCAGAAAAGUUCAGGAACACGUUUUGACAAACUAAGUUGGUCUGCUCCCAGAAACAUCUGUUUUCCUUCAUUUGGUUACUGUUCUGUGGUAGAACAAGGAAGAUUUUUUUAAUGAAGGGAUUUUUUUUUAUUUAGACAAUAAUGUAUUUUUUCACUGUUACUCAGGAUUCAUAUUUAGAGACCGAUAGAGAAUAUUGCACGAUAAUUAAAACACAGGAAUUAAGUCUCACAUAGGUGUCACAUCAAAUUUUGAUUUUUUUUUUCCUUUUGGUGAGGAAAAAAGUGAAAUAACUUAGUUUAUUUAUUCUUUGUACGCUAAUGUCUGGACUGAUGAGUGUGUGUAAAAAAAAAAUGUGAAACAAAGAUUUUCCAAAAACAAACUUUGUUUAACUGCCAGAUGCUUUAAUAUUUCCUUUACACAUGCACCUUUGCCCAGGGAUAACUCGCUGCAAAUUCCUGAUGUAGGUGGUUGCUCACCGAUGCUUUCAUAUAACUAAAAAUAAAACAAAUGCGUACAUUGAAUAAAUAAGAUGGCAGGUUUCUUUGCCGUCUUCAUAAUGUAUGCAGCUGUAUGAUAACUCUGGUGUGAAAAAAUGUAUUUUUUCAUAUUAGGACAGUGUACACAUGGUGUACUUCUUGCUGAGUGCACAGGAGAAUGUAACACUGACUGUUAAAUACUGUAAUUUGUGUAUUCCCAUACAGUAUAACUUUAAUUUAAACCAUGCUGUACAUAGUAAGAUUGUUAGUCUAGUAAAGAGAUCUGUGGAUAACCAUUGCCUUUUCAACAGCCUUCAGUAAUAUUUCACUUGUAUUAUGUAGUGCAGGGUAUGUUUUAUUUGUUGUUUGCGUGAGAAAAAGAGAAGCGACACAUGAGUAAGCAUUAGAGAAACACAGCCUUAAAUCGGUUCAGUGCUUAUGUCGCAUCUUAUAACUGUCGACUACCUAAUAACAGCAGUAAACAGUUAUAAGAUUCUGAAUGCCUAUAUAUUAUUGAGUUGCUAUAAUUCAGAGUAUUAUACAACUAUUAUCACAAAGUAUGGAGAAUUUUUUGUAAUUCUGUUAUUUUUAAUAUAUAUAUAUAUAUAUAUAUAUAUAUAUAUAUAUAUAUAUAUAUAUAUAUUCCAGACAUUCCACAAAAGCAGUAUAAUUAUUAUGACCAUAUUAUCAGAAAGACUCCAUUAUAAAGAUAAUUGCAAGGAAACGCAUGUACAACUCAUACACAAUGUUUGUAAUCUGUAUUAGGCUGCAGGUGUGUAAUUUUCUUAUGCAGACUGUAUAAAAGCAAGUAAAUGUGCACCUUUUCAUACCAAACAAGUGUUUAAAUUCUGCACAGACUAUCAUCUUGAUAAAAGUAUAAUCCAGUCAAACCUUUUUUUAAUUACAAUGGACUGUAUUGAAUGCAAAGCAUUUUUAUAUCUGCCUCUGAAAAUAUGUUGUACAUAGAAAACCUGCAAUUACAGUCGUCACCAGAGUUUUUAAUUCUAAAGCUGUUGACCUAUGUAAAUUCAGCAGGCACGAUCUGUAGGUACUUUAUGUAUUUGUAUUUCUCUUUACAAUUACUUAUUUUGGUAAAUCACUAAACACUCUGUUAUUUAUUACACACAGUCUGUGCCAAACUCUCCUUCUCUUACCCCAGUCAUCACUUACUUCGGCAAUGUUCCCACUAAGCAUUUUUACCAGUAAUAAACUUCAGCAAGUUAAAAUGAAAAA